CGUCGAGAUUAGUGAACAGCCACGGACGGCAGAGCGAAAGCCUGGACGGCGCAUUUGAGUCGUGCUGUACGUCGUUCACAUGCCAUUUGGACGAGCAGGACAUUGCCAUAUUUCAAAGAAAACCCUCACCUGACUGACUCACCCACCCCUUGAGGCAUGUUGUGUUAAAGAAACACUUAUGCAGGUGGAUCCUACACUAAUGAAUGUAGGGGAUGGAGGCACGGUGAGCAGAGAGAUCAGUGCUCCAAAUAAAGCGUCUACUAGUAUGGUGGGAAAUCCCCCCCAGACGCUGCCCCCUGAGUUCAGAGGUGAUGUUACCCUCAGUCAGCAAAACAAGAACACCCCAACAACAGACUGUAAGACAGCAAAAGCCUGCCUGGACUCAAGCAGUUACAACCACAGUCCUGAGGUUCCUCCACCUCAGCAGCUCAACAAUGCACCAAUGUCAGGCUCUCCCCUCACCAGCUCAGACAAGAGAGCAGACAAAAGGGCAGAGGUCCCUAAACUCAAGGCUGAUGGUCCCGGGGUCUUCCCCUCACCUCAGUGGUCAAGUGGUGCAAAGGUCAGCCCAGAGGACUCGCUCAACCCCAGUCACAGCAAUGUGACAUCCAAUAAGAAAUCACAUUCACCAUCACAGCCAGUGUUAAGUCUUCCUCCUGGGUUCCAGUGCUCCACCAUAUUUAAACCAGGCCAGCCUGUUGCCUUCCUUCCAUCCACCAACUUUUCCUCGCCACUUUGUAAAAUCACUCUUCCACCAGCAUUAGGUCAGAUUGCAGCAUUGAGAGAGGCCACAGCCAGUCAGUUUCAGAAGGAAAUUCAACCUCAAAGCUCAGGCGUUGGAGGGACACCUCUCAUGCGGACCUACCCAUAUCCAUUCUCUGUCGGCCGGACUCCUGCUCCAGAGAAAAAAGCAGGCACGUUGACAUCAAAACUUAAAAAUAACCUAACAUCCAAUAAGAGCACCAAAUCUGUAGGAGAGCAUAAAUCCUUAGCCUCAGUGGUGGCCUCACCAGCGAUUGCGCUCCCAUUACAGCACCCAUCAUUAGGUUCUGCCCCACCAACCCGCUUCACAUUGUCUCCCACCGCUGCCAUCUGCUGUGGCCCUGCACUGGCCAGUAUCACCACUCAGAGCAGACUGCUGAACCAUGUGGAGAAAGGCCACAGCAUAGACAAGACAUCCGCAGGCUGCCUAAAACCGAAGACCCCAUCUGCUUCAGAGGACCAUACAGUCACUUGUCCAAUAGAAUCAAGGGAUGUGCCUCUUGAUUUAUCUUCUAAGUCAAAACGUCCAAAAUGCAUAAAUGACCCUCCUGUUAAUGUGAUGGAGCAUCAUCACAAUGAAUCCAAUCAGAGAGAUUCCCUUAAUGCAAAGAGGACUCAUGCUACCACUUAUAGUUCAGCUGUGCAAUACCCUGUCUUACCCAAUACCCACAGAAAUGGAUCUCAUCAAAAACAAUCAAACAGGCCUCCAAAUCACCAGGUCUUGGAGCCUAAGUCAUCCUGGACCAAAGGAUCUUCACAAGAUUCCAUAAAAAACAUCCCUGGAACUUAUGUAGGUGUGGCUAGCCCCAUAUUGGCUUCUACUCUUCGGGGUAAAGAUGGAAAAGGGACUUUUGCAGAUGAAUUUCAGAACUUUGCAAAACAGGAGUUUAUAUCUAUCAUUGACCAAGGAGAACAUCUGGCCUCAAGAGGAAAGAAGCCAUCGUAUCUGAUGAAGGGCAACCAGCAUGCUCAUAGUGUCAAGCAUGCUAAAAACACUAGUACAGCCGUAACUAAGAGCUGUCCCUCCAAAGGAGCCCUAACAACAGCCCUGUCGGGCACCGCCAAUGCUCAGACUCAUCAGAAGUCUGGAACUGGCAAAGCAGCAGUGCCAUACUCUACCGCUGUUGUCAGUCCAGCGUGGCAACAGGCAUCUCUUCUUCCUCACCAAGGCUCCUCUGUUCAGAGAAAAAUCACACAAGGAUCCCCAAAGACCAAGGGCACUGGAAUUGCAGAGGGUUCUAAGUUUCAGAGUGCUCAUCAUAGUCCGUCCAAGAGUGAGGAUGAUAAGUGGGAGAGAAUUAAGUCCCCGUUGUCUAACCUUGCGUCCAUUGUGAAGCAGAAAGCUCUGGAAACAACAGCACUAGCAGGCGAAAGUAAUGCUCAAGCUGCACCUGUUACAUCUAGAAAAUCUGAUGCACUGAAUCCACUAAUGGGGAGCCAAGAUGCCGAAUCCAAACAGAAUUCUUCUUUUGAAUACCCUUCAUUCAGGUCUGUGGAGAAACGGCCUGGUCUGCCAUCUCAAGGGGAUUCGACUCAUACUAUCAACCGUGUUGAGAAGGCGAGUGCCACUGAGCCCAGGGAGAAUAAUACUGACAUACACACCAGUCAGGGAGAACACAUGGGACUACAAGAGAAGCAAGGCUCCUCAAAGCCUGCUGCUCAGUCUCAUAUCUUUGGAAGCAAUGCAUCAACCAAUGGGAACAGGAUGGAGAGCAAACUAGCCCAGGUGUUAGAGGGGGAGAUAUUGAAGAAAGAAAGUGGGGCGUCAGACAGUCCUCCCAAUGAAAAAUUGGAGGGCAUAGUUGUGUCUAUUCUAAAAGGCCAGUGUGCAGGGGGAGGCGACAAGGUUGAGAAGAAAACAAAUGGAACCAAAGAGGAGUCACCAACCAAAGCAAAAGCUGCUGUCAUUAAACAAAAGAAAGCCAGCCCUAAGAAGCCAGCUAAGGAGAAGUCACCAACAGAUCCAUCAAAGAAGGCUGCAGGGACAGCAAAGAGAAAGCAAGACAAGGAAAGCGCUCCAACCAAAGUGUCAUCCUCUAAAAAGGAGAAGAAACAAUGUACACCUGUGCAAGAGCAGAAUCUAUCAGCAGAAAAACUUUCCCCACAGAAUAAAGAGAUUCCAAAGGACAAGAGCAGUCCCAAGAAGGUUGAGCAAUCAACUCACAACAAACCAGUUACAGAUUGUGGCAGCAGUCCUCCAAGCGCAGAGACUCCAGUGUCUCUCAGUAGCUCCUGCAUAUCCAGUAAGGAACCUAAAGCUUCAGAGAGCUGCACCUCAAGACUGAGGAGGGGACGACGGCGAGCUGAUGAGGCUCGGCUGGACCACUGGGGCUUUGCAACACCUUCUCCCCCACCUCCUCCAAUGCCUCCUCCUCCAUCCUCACCCCCUCCACCCGCCAAACAACCCACUCGCCGUCCCAGAGGGAGGCCUCGCACCAACCCCUUGCCAGAGCGAGUCUUUCAGGGCAAGGCCAAGACGAGCAGCGCAGAUAGAGACACCCCUGCCCGGAAGAAACGCCGGCGUUGCCGUAACAGAAAGUAUCAGAGUGGGGAAUACAUCAUAGAGAAAGACAAGUUGGAAGAUGGAGAGCAUCUUGAGGAAUCUGACUCCUUGAAACAGGACAUUGGAAUUGCAGCAGAUUUGCAGACCACUUUGUGCUCAAGUCCCCGUGCCUCCAGUCCAGAACCUGCUCUACGGAGACCCUCGUUCACUCGCUCAGGGUCCGUUUGCUACCAGGAGAGUGAGGCCUCUCCAGAGUGCAAUGACAAGCCUUCAGGGAAGAGGAAGUUCAAAAGCAAACACUUGUGUGAAAGUGAGGAGCAGAAGUUUAAGACCAAACGCAGCAGCUUGGGCAAGCGCUCUGCUUCAUUUGCCGUGGACGAUGACAACUCUGAUGGAAAGAAACCAGAUAGCCUCCUGGCCUCUCCAAAGAGCUUGCCAUCACCUCCAUCCAAUAAGAAAAGCUCAUCAGGAAAGGGCAGCGCUCCAGAGUCCCCACCCAGAAGGCCAAUUCCUCCAGAGGUUCGUCGGCUGAUUGUCAAUAAGAAUGCCGGGGAGACCUUGCUGCAACGAGCUGCCCGCUUGGGCUAUCAGGAUGUAGUUCUAUACUGUCUUGAGAAGGACAUCCGGGAGGUCAACCGCCGUGACAAUGCAGGUUACACCGCUCUCCACGAGGCGUCUUCUCGAGGCUGGACUCAGAUUGUACAGAUGCUGCUGAAACAUGGGGCUGAUGUCAACUGUAGCGCCCAGGAUGGUACACGCCCCCUCCAUGAUGCAGUGGCGAGUGAUAAUUUGCCAAUAGUCUGGUUGCUGCUCAAUCACGGUGCAGAUCCAACUCUAGCCACCUACUCUGGACAUACACCAGUCAAACUGGCACAUAGCCCAAGCAUGAAGACCUUCCUCACAGAAUAUUUCACAGACUUGGAAGGGCGCAGUGAACAGGAUCUCAGUUUACAUUGGGAUUUCUACAGUAGCUCCCUAUUUGAGUCUGACCAGGAGCCGUGCUGGGACUUCUUGCUGUCUGAGCAGAAUCAAGAGCAGGAGGAGAAGGAAAGGGAGAAGUCUGAGAGAGACUCUGACAAAGAUUGCCUUCUGUUUGAGUUCUCCUCCGAGCCCCUCUUACCUUGCUAUCAUGUUCAGGUGUCAUUAACCCAGGGCUUUUGCAACUGGUUCUUGCUGACGGACGUCCUGAAGCGCCUGAAGAUGUCAGCACGGAUUUUCCGGGCGCGUUACCCGCACUUGGAGGUGGUGAGCUUGUCGCAGGCCGAGCUCUGGAGGCAGGUCUCGGUCAGCCAGGUGAGCUCAGCUUUGGCAGCGCCCCACAGAGGCAAGCACAAAGAGGAGGAGGACCAGGAAGAGGACGAAGAGGGGCUUGUGGAUUUGGUGCGCUGCGUGCCUGAGCUCCAGAGACUACUGGGCUCCUCCAUUCACAUCCUACAGGAGGAGGAGGAGGAGGAGGAGGAGGAGACGCCGACAAACACAGGGAAGCCACGCAGCCGAUAGCCUCCCUCGCCACCUUGUAGACAUUCAAACUGUUGUCAUUUUCCAGUUUCAAGUGUGUCAACCUUGUCCUCCCUGCAAGCAGCAGCACCUCCAAGAAAACGUUUCCGUCCAUUGUAAUGAGGGUUAUGGAUUAUAAGUGUCUAACUCCAGUGAUAGUACUGACUUGACACUCCAUGUAUGACCUUUUGACCUCAGCAGCAGGUGAUUAAGUGGUCACGGCAGCGCCACCUCAAGGACCGGCACAUUGGAUUGGUCAGUGGUGGAAAGCAGCUUUCAGGUUCCUAUCUAUAGGUAUAUUUGAUUACCUGAGAACUAUUGAGAAAACUUUUUUUUAAUGAUUAUGUAUGUACAUGGUAGUGUAUAUGUAUAUCUUGCCAUCAGGGUUAACACAUUUGGUUAUAUAAAUGUAUACUUGUGGCAAGGGAUGGAUUAUGUUUAGGACUUUUAGUUGAGUUUGUUUGUUCCUGAGGGAAAGCGAUAUUUUUCGAUGGGAGAUAAUCCAAGGCUUUUAUCUUGGUGAACUCUUGCGUAAAGCUAAGAGGCUUAUGGCCAGCUAACAGAGUCAGGGAGGCCAUUGGCCCAGGUGGUUUCUCUGUCAGCCUGGGAGACCUGGAGACCUGCAGAGAAGAGAUCAUGGCACAUAUAUUUUACCCACAAACACACACACACCCAGCUCACAGCCUCAAGUCCCAUUUCCUUCUCCAUCUGUUUUAUUUUUCAUACCCUACACAUCAUGCAGCUUACGACGUGUCUUCGCUUUUCUUUUCUUUUCUUUUUUUUUUUUUUUUUUUAUUUGGUGCACAUUUCACAACGUAUACCUGGGGGUAACACUUGGCUGUCCCACUCCCCACUCAGACUAUGAAAUGUUUUUGGACCUUGAGAAUGAGAACUUGUUUACAGAACUGGACAGAUGGAAAGUUUUCUGCAGUAGUGUUCUCCACUCCCCAGGUUGCACUCCUCCUGAACUGAUACAGAAUCCUGUGGAUCACUCUCAGAGGAAUAGUAGUACCAUCUCUGGAGUCCAGAGCCUUCUCCUGUGUUAGAGGAGUUCUCUCAGAGGAGAGCGAGGUGCCCUCUUACUGCAGCCACGACUGUCCCUGUGUCCUUAUGGUGUUCCCGGAUCCCACCGUGCUUUGUGUUGCGAGUGUUUUAUUUACACUGUUUGAUGUGCUUAAUUUAAUAGUCAUUAAUAUAUUUGACUUCUUAUGUAUCUGACAAAACUAUCUAUGAGAAUUGCUUUGUAUGGUUGGUGCUUCAUUUUGAAAUGUACUUAUUAGGAUCCCUUUAUUCUGAGAUUUUUCUCUUUCAUUGCAAAACAGUAUUUCAAAAAGCAAAAGUACAGUUUUAUUGUACUGGUGCUAAGAUAGAUUUUGUGUUGACAAUCAAUGAAGUUUUGGUUUGAAGUCACAAACUAAUAAAAGAUAUUUAAGAUGAAGAGACUGAAAUGUAAAGAAAGUAUAGUUUAGUUAAGGAAAAUGGGGUACAGUGAGACUAAAAGACUUUGAGCAAUGUCUGAGACCUGGAAAGAACCUUUUAUUUGAUUCUUUUAUAAGAAAUCAACAAGAAUAAAGCAUGAUUGUGAUCAGA